UUUCCCCUUCCUUACUUUAAAUGAUCCUCAUCAAGGAUUGACACCAUCGCUUUGACAACUGAACAACUCAUGUGAUUUAAGGGAAACACAGUCCUCACCUAGGCAACCCAACACCCAGGCAACAGGGACAAGGAAAUGUGAGCUUGAACUAUUAAUAUUUCAGGCCACGGUUUUCAACUCCAGAUAGAGCAGCCUCACUUCUCUCCCUUUCUCAUUGGACAUGGAAGCCUCAUCCAUGCAAACAGAACCCAGUACUGACCGCAGCACAGACAUCGCUAGAGAACACAGCACCAGUGUUAAGGACAGCAGCCAGGCCGCAGACAGGAAGCAUGGGCUGCAGGAGCAGCUGAGAGAGGAGAUCGCUAAACACCUCACAGAGGGUGGCGUGGGAGAGGAGAAGAUCCAGGAGAGAGUGGGUCUGAUCCGACAGCUCAGAGAAGCCCUCAGAGAGGAGGAAGAGAAGCAGGGGGUCGGCAGGGAGAAAACAAACCCCUCAGAACAGGCUGAAUACAUCAAAGCCAAGGAGCAGAGGGAGAGACUCAAGGAGCACCAUGGCAGAGUGAUAAAGGAGGAGGUGGAAAAGAUCGAAAGAGAGAUGGCGCAGGAACAGCUGGAGGGGCCCCAGAGGGAGCUGCAGGUCCUGGGUGGAGAGAGGCAGCUGCUGCUGCUCCAGGUGGAGGCCCUGCGCACCGAGGCCCAGCAGGCCGAGAGAGACCUGGAGGCCCAGUACAAAAGACACCGACAAGAGAUGCACUGUGUCAGGACCGAGAGCAUUCAGGUGUUCAGGGUGUUCCGGCAGGUGUGUGAGGAGCAGAGGAGGCUGUCAGAGGGGAGGUACAGGAGUGUGAUGCUGGAGGCCAUCCAGGAUGCUGUUUACCUGUCUGCUGUCAACCAGCAGCUCCACACUGACAACACUCAGCUACGCAGAGCCCUGGCAGAGAUGAAGGACACCCUGUCGGCCCCUGGGUCCUAGCCCCUGCAGAUCCUGCCCCCCCCCCAAUGAAAACCAACUUGUCUUUAAUAUCUCUGUUUAUUAAAACAAUUCAGAAACACAAACACAAUCAACAAAAUAAACAACUGUACCACUGACGUAUAGUUUGGCGAAGGAAAUAGUAUGACCAUGAUGAUAGUUAUAGCACCGCUUGAGAAAUGUAAGAAGUACCACAGGUUAAAAUGUUACGAUUGUAAAUGAUGUUCAGAAUACACUUGUUUUUAGCUGUCACAGCAUAAAGGCAUGUAUAAGGUACGGAAUAUGAUUGUGUGUGACUGCUGACGGUCAGUAAAGUAGGAAAAACACCAGGCCUUCAAUGGUUCAUUGGUAAAUACUGUUGUUAGAUUGUUCCCUCUUUCUUUCCUUGUGCUAUUUCUAUUGCUUGUUCAAUGAUCCACAAACCUAAACUGAACAUGACACAACCCAAACAACAAUAAAUAGUGACGCACCAAAAUGACAUUUUAAACCAAACGA